UUUUGCAGCCAUACAUUCCUCUCGAAGCCUUGCCCAGUCGGCGACCCUGAAGAGGUGUGACGAUUCAUGAAUCUGGUUUAAUCUUCUUGUAGAUUUGACUGGGUCACGCACGGAUUGUUAGAACUAGGCCAAAUGCCGGCGGAGCGCUGCCUCUCGGUUCGGUUCCAGUGUAUUGACCGCUGACCUGACCCACCGGGUUGUAGAGAGCUGGUUUCAGUGGUUGACCGGAGAAAGGCUCGAGUGGGUGUGUCGUCAGGGCAAACUGGGCUGGUUGAAAGGUUUUCUAGGAGGUGUGUGUUUGCAGAAGGCGGGUCUGUGUUGAGGUUGAGGGUUCCGGCGACUAACUGCAGAACCAAGGUGAAAGCCAUCGAAAGACAGACACAGCUGACUAAAGCGUUACGGGAACACUUGGAUUUUCGAGGAAUCGGAACCUCACUAGCCGCGGAGAGAGGAUUUAAGAAAAAGCUGAAAUAGUGAAAGAAAGAGCUAAAGCGAAAACGAAAUUAUUUUCUGGGCCAAUGGAAAAUCCAUCCCUUUCUCCUGCAAAACCUUAACUGUCAUUUGCUAACCGCUCCUUUGCACGGUUUCCUGGUUUACGGCUAGCCUUCUACCUAGCUAACCAUGGCCCACGUCGGCAAUGGAUCUGUGAAUAGCGUGGAAGACGACGACUGUUUUGAAGAUGCCUACGACAGAAUACCUGUGGCUGGUAAGAUGGAUCUGAAGACAUCUAUAGAAGAGUGUUCCAUGGCUCUCAAUCUGGUCCUCAACAACAAGUUCUCAGAAGCCCUGGAGCUCCUCAAACCAUGGUGGAAGAACAGCAUGUAUCAUGCUUUGGGCUACAGUUCUAUUCUGGUGAUGCAGGCUGCUAUGACCUUUGAACACAGAGACAUCCAGACAGCCAUGGCUGUCAUAAAGGAGGCCUUAAAUACAUGCCAGAGGUUCAGGAAGAGGAACUCUGUGGUGGAGUCUCUCUCUAGUCUGGUGAUCAAACAGACCAAUGACAACCUCAGAGAAGAGGAGAUGCAUGCUGAGAUCUGCUAUGCCGAGUGCCUAUUGCAGAAAGCCACGCUGACCUUUGUACAAGAUGAAAACAUGAUCAGCUUCAUCAAAGGAGGGAUCAAGAUACGCACAAGUUACCAGAUAUACAAGGAAUGUCAGAAUGUUCUGAACGUGUGUCAGGACCAGAGUAGUGAGUCCUUCAGGCAGUUUGAAGGAGGAGUCCGACUGGGUAUCGGGUCCUUCAAUCUGAUGCUGUCUCUUCUUCCUCAGCGAAUCCUCAGGCUGCUGGAGUUCAUUGGCUUCUCCGGGAACAGAGACUUUGGCCUGGCCCAGCUAAGAGAAGGAGCAGCCAGCCACAGUAUCAGAGCCAUACUCAGUGUGUUGACCCUGCUGUUCUAUCAUACCUAUGUUACACUCAUACUGGGUUUUGAAGGUUCUGGAGAAGGAAACCUUGUUGAAGCAGAGGCCUUAUUGGAACCUUACAUGGAGAAGUUCCCUGAUGGUUCUAUCAUUCUGUUCUACUCAGCUCGGAUUGCUGUUCUGAGGGGGAACUUCGAGAAGGCUCGGUUGAAGUUUGAGGAGUGUAUUCUUGCCCAGUCUCAGUGGAGACAGAUCCACCAUCUUUGUUACUGGGAGUUGAUGUGGAGUCACUCCUUCACUCAGGACUGGCCUCAGGCCUACCGCUACGCUGACCUGCUCUGCAAGGAGAGUCGCUGGUCCAAGGCCAUAUAUGUCUAUCAGAAGGCUGCCAUUCUCUCCAUGAUGCCUGAGGAAGAGGUCAAGAAGACUGGAGAGAACGUUAUAGAACUGUUCAGGCAGGUAGAGGGGCUGAAGCAGAGAUUAGCAGGGAAGUCCAUCCCCACAGAGAAGUUUGCAGUGAGGAAAUCCAGAAGAUACAACGCCUCUAACCCUGUGAGACUGGUGGUGCCAGCACUGGAGAUGAUGUAUGUGUGGAAUGGUUUCACUAUUGUGGGGAAAAGAGCGGAUCACACAGAGAGUCUCCUCAUCACCUUAGAGAAGGCUGAGGAGAAGCUCAACACAGACCCGAGCCCAUCAGAGUACCAUCCAGAUGACCAGUGUUUGGUUCAGAUGUUAAAGGGUCUCUGUCUCAAACAUCUGGGGAGGCUACUUCAGGCCGAGCUCUGCUUCACACAAGUGCUGUCCAGUGAGAGGAGGAUCCGAUAUGACCACUACCUGAUCCCCUUCACUCUCUAUGAGCUGGGUCUGCUCUACAAACAGCAGGGAGACUUCAUCAAGGCUACCCAGUACAUAGAGAACGCCAAGUUGAACUACAAAGACUAUUCCAUGGAGUCCAGGCUUCACUUCCGAAUCCACGCAGCCCUCAACAGUCUCAAGGGAUCGCCUGUCAUUACACCAUAACUACAUCAUAACUACACCAUAACUACACCAUAACAACACCAUAACUACACCAUAAUGACCCCAUAACUACACCAUAACUACACCAUAACUACACCAUAACUACACCAUAACGACCCCAUAACGACACCAUAACUACUUCACAACGACAGCCCUCAACAGUCUCAAGGGAUCGCCUGUCAUUACACCAUAACAACACCAUAACAACACCAUAACAACACCAUAACGACACCAUAACUACACCAUAACGACACCAUAACUACAACCCAACUACUUCACAACGACAGCCCACACCCACCAAACAACCCUAAACUGACUACCCCAACAACAUUUAAAUUUCACCUCAACUACAGUUGGAUUACAUAUGGAACUGUUGAUUACACUAUGAAGUACUCUAUUUAAUUUACAAUGAAGUGUACUUAGUUAUUAUAUAUCCUGUAUGGUGUUCUGGUGAGGAUAUAGAAAACUACAAUCAAUUAAUAAAGUCUGUAUCUAUGGUACGAUAUGAAGGAUGUACAUACUUAUAACCAGGUAUUGAUAAGGUCUGUCAGGAAAGAGGACCUUUUCUCUGUUUAGUUAGUAGUUGUGUUAUUUGAGUGGAAAUACACACAGCAUCUAUUCUCAGCACAACCAAUGAGUCACUGGGAUGAGUCCAACUCAAACUGUUAAUGACCCUAGUUGACCACUAGGGGGCAGUGAUGGUCUGAGUGAGUGUCCUGUCUGUGUAUCCAGACCAAAUACGUGUCUUUGACUGUCUGUCUGUUUGUUUCAGUCAGUGCCUCUUUCUGUGUGUGUUUCUUAAUGUAUGUUCAAUGGUUGUUACUUAUUCAUUCAUACUUAUAUUGGAGUUUAUAAAUGUCACAUUUGUAUUGUUGUGUUAUUAAAUAUUAUAUGUGCUUUAUGAUCAUGGAGAGCUCAAUGGGAACUGAAACAGUUCCACAGAAAGUCUGGAAUACUGUCACAUUCAUUUUAGAAGAUUUUCCAAAAAUACAAAGCCAGGAAUGAAAAAUCUGGAAAUCCAGAAUCUUCCAAUCAGUAUUUGUGGAAAACCUGGAAUGUUGUUAAAGAUCCUGAAAAUAAGUCACCAUGUGUAUAAUGUCUAUGCAUUUCUGACUGCUGUACUUUCUACCCUAGGACAUAGAAAUGGAAUGACUAGAAUGGGUAUUCUCAUUUAAGUUGCUGUCUGAAGGUUGUGUCCUUUCUGGUACUCGGGUGCUGGACCCUGAUGCUUUAAGUCCAUUUUGCUUAACAUCCACUGUAUUUGUUGACAGAACUGCAAACAAUUCAUGGAACUAACUACACAAUUAUUAACCAAUCAUAGUCCCUUUGACUCCAUGAAUAGCCAAUCAUUCUCCGGCUGAUUCAGACUUGAUUGGUUGGUUGGCAGGUAGGUGGGUAGUUAGAGGCUCCAUCUGUAAUAUUACUCUGAAGUUAGAUAAAACACAUCUGAGCUCUCAGGCACAAAGACAGAUCAUACUUGGGGGGUCUAGGAUCUGUUGGGAGGUUUAGUCUUUAGAUUACAACUAUUGUGUCUCUGUAAUACUGCUGUACAUUCAUGGUAUGUGUUUAAUUGUAAUAAAUAUACACAAUGUCUGGUACUCAGA